GAGGGAAGGAAAGUGGUGUGCGAGGAUGCUAUGCCAGCGGCACACAGUACGUCACGUCACCCCCUACAAGGCAGCUUCAUCAAGGAGCUCGAGGCGAAGGGGGUCGGGCGUCCCUCCACCUACGCGAGCAUCAUCGGUACCCUUCGCACGAGGACGUACGAAAACCUGCAGGGGCGGAGCCUGACGCAAAGCCUGACGGGCUUCGUGGUGGCGGACCUGCUUUGGGGGCACCUGCCGGAUUUCACCGACAUCGGCUUUACGGCAAAGGAGUGCCUGCAGGGGUCCACGAGCCGGCUUGUGGCGAGCGAGGGCUGGGGCGCGACGCGAGGGGGAGAAGGAGACCACAGUAGCUCCGAAGUAGGCGGUGGCGGCGGCAGCAGCCAUAACCGGCGAUCUAGCGGGGACGGCGGCGGGGUGGACGGGGACUCGACGGGCGGGAGCGGCUACGGCGAGGGGGGGCCGGGCGGAGAUGUGGUCGUUGCGGCUGUCGGAGUGCGCGGUGUUGGGGGAUCUGGCGGGAGCCGUCGAGGCUUUGGCCCAUGGUAAAUUAAGAAUGAAACAAUAAACCCAUUGUUUCUUUUCAUUUCUCUCUUUGCUACGGGAGGUAUGCCUGUGUGGCCUGUAGGUGGCACCCCUAAGCUACCACUGAAACAUAUCAAGCCAUGUUCUCGACGGAGCCGUUGGGGCGCUGGCCCGCGAUGACAUACGAGGAGUCGGCCCGUGGUGUGUGUGCACUAUCCUGCUUGCUGUCCGUAGGUUUUCGAAAGUGGUGGCUUGUCUCUCUGUCGUUUGUGUGCUUGUAUUAUUCCACUUGUUGUUGCGACAAUCGUCCGCCUGCUGCCUGCAAGGGUUUCGGACGUGGCCGCGUGUCUUAAUGAUAUGUUUUUUGCUGUCCUCGUCAUGGUUUGGCUUUUUUUUGUAACGAAACGGUGCGGUGUCCGGCACACAAGUCCAGAGUCUCUCUUCUGUGUGCUGAAUAGUUUUGUGUUUGUUUGUUUUUGUAGUUGUAGGGAUCGACCGGGCUACAACACCGCUGACGAUUGAAAAACUGUCAGUCUCAAGUGUGUGUGUGAGCCGUGUGCUUUGCUGCCUGCGCUCUUCGGCGGAACGUUCGUUGUUGAUAAGGGGUUCACGAUCGACGAACCCCGACGAUCAGCACAGGACAGCCCUGCACUACGCCGCGGCAACUGUGCAAUUGGGGUGAGAAAGAAGAGCCAGGGAGACUUGAUAGUACACUCCCCACAUUGCAUUUUGCAUUCUUUGAUUUCCUAGGAUUGUGUGCCCUAGGUGGUCUGUGACCACGGAAGGCGUCCGCGUCUGGUGGACCAGGACGGAAAUUUGGAGGUAUUGAGCGGAUACCGGGACUGGUUUUGGAAGGUGAGACCCAUCACAACAACUCCGCCGCACGGUUCGCGCUUGUUCCCCUCCAAGCGUUC